AGUUUGUUUGACUCUUUGGAGUGAAGCGUUUGUUUAUUUAUGUGUUUGUUUAUUUUAAGGCCACGCAACAAAAAAAACAUGCAAAAUAAAGUAAACUUUUACUCAACUUUAUUUGGUUUAUUUACUAAAUAAUGAACUAUUACAAUCAUUUACUGUUUUUAUAUUCGUCGUAAUUGUUUGUUUUAUUACAAAAAUGGUUAUUUAAAACUUACAGCCACUUCAAAAUGAUUUAAGCUUGUUCUCAAUGUACUAUUUCUAGAUAAAAUGAUUGUUAAUUGUAGUGACAACAUUUCAGAUACCAAAUGAUAAUAAACCUAUUGUUUUUAAUUUGCAUGUCAUGAAGAAAACGGAAGCAGAACAGGGUCAAAAUAACACAAAAUAUGUCAUGUUUUCACAUUUAACUUCUGCGUUUAACUGCAGAGAAAACAAGUUCAUAUUUAUUUACAACACAAUCCUAAUGUUUAAUCCCAGUGUCAAUUGAAUAUAUGAUGGAAUAAACCUGUUUUUUCAUGCAUCUUUGCCUUUUCUCUGUUUUUCACAUUUGCUGUUUGAUGACUUUGUCAUUCCUGCGGUUUGUUUCUGUUUCAAUUCAACAAACACUUGACUGGAAUGACCGCAAUAUGCUGAAAUGCUGAUUAAAGAUGAAGGUCCAUAUGAAGAAUGUGAAAUGGAUUAUGGUUUUGUUCUUUCUACGGGCCUUUGGUGAUGUGUCUUGUGAUGGAGUGAUGACAGUGAUGGAUGACAUUCAUAUACCUAAUAUCCCAGAUCCCAAAAUUUCCAGAGAUUUUCCGGCAUGCAAGAAAGUUUCAAGCCCGAAAUGUCUCGUAGCGUGUUCAGUGCCGAGUGUGGCACGAGGUCAGCUCUCGUGGUACAAUGAAAACGUUUCAUUAUCCAGCCUCACGGUUUCUGAUCUCGUCACCAGACUGUAUCUAGAGGUGGAAUAUCAUGAUAAAAACAACUACAGCUGUGUGGUGUCCAGUUCAGGCAAAACUAAGACUUCGUAUCUCGACGUUGCUUCUUCCUGUCAGUCAUGUCCAAAGAGAGAAAUACCAGAGCCAGCGAGUGAAGGGGAUUCUGUGAUUUUACCAACAAACCUUACUGAAGUGCAGUAUGAGGAUCACGUAAUGUGGCUUUAUGAAAACCGUCUCAUUGCUGAACUGUUUGAAAACGUAUCGGCAUGCUAUGACUGUCAAGAUAAAAGAUUUAUUAACAGACUGCAGCUGGACAGCCAGACUGGAUGUCUCACCGUCACCAACAUCAGUAAAAUCCACACCGGAACCAUUAAACUACUGAUCACUAACGGAAAACAUCAAGAAUGCCAUCGAUUUAAUGUUACUGUCUAUGAUCCGUUGCCCAUUCCAAUCAUCACCAAAGACUCAACGCAAUGUUCGUCAGCAUCAAAAUGCGUGUUGUUGUGUUCAGUGCUGAAUGUGUCGGAUGUGACUCUCUCCUGGUACAAUGGAAGCAGAUUAAACUCCAGCAUCAACGUGUCUGAUCUCAAAAGCAACUUUCUGUGUCUGGAGGUGAAAUAUCAGGACAGAAACAACUACAGCUGUGUUGUAAACAAUUUUUUUACCAACAAAACCACACCACUCAACAUCAGUGAAUUUUGUAAAGCACCUUGGAAUAUUCCUCUUAUCGUUGGUAUUUCUGUUGGUGUUGUUCUAUCUAUUAUUGUUCUGGCUGUUGUGCUGGUCUAUUGCUGCUGGAAUAGGUUUCGAUGUCAAAGGGCAGAUGCCAGUGAAGAUCAACUUAAUGUCAGAUACGCCUCUGUAGACGUCAAUGGUUACAGGACGGCUGGACAGAACAUCACAGACAAUGAACCUGAGGACACACAUCUGUUGGAUCAGCCAACAUCAUCAUCACAAGAGUUCACCCCCGUAAAUACACUUUGCUGCAAAUAGUUACAAUGACCUUAUGUUAUAAAAACAUAACUAUAAGCAAUAGAUAAAAGUACCGCUCUGUAAAUGUAAUUAAAGGUCCAGUGUGUAAUUUUUGGGAUGAUCCAUUUGAUGAUAGAAAUGCAAUAUAAUAUACAUAGCUAUGCCUUCAGAUGUGUAUAAAGAGCUUACACAGUGAAGCGUUAUGUUUUUAUUACCUUAGAAUAAGCCAUUUCUAUCUACAUACACCGCAGGUCCCCUUGCAUAAUUCGCCAUGUUCUGUCAGCCAUCAUAGUGUUUCGAAAGGGAGGGGAGGAGUGAGCGGUUGGUUGCAAUUCGCAACCUUGCCGCUAGAUAUUACUGACUGGGCCUUUAAAUCGUUCAAAGGUUUAAGAAAUCGUUGUCUCAUAUAAUGCUUUUAUUUACUAGAAAAUUGUUUAUAAUAUUUACAGUACAUCUUGUAUUAAAAAUUACUAUUUCUGUUUUAAAGUAAAUGCAUCACUUGCCGUUUCAUAAGGAUUUCUGCAGCACUUCCUGUAUUAUGGGCUGGUGGCUAUAAUGUCACCAGGUAUGUGUGUGUGUUUCAGUGUUGGGUGUAACUAGUUACUAAGUAAUUAGUUACUGUAAUUUAGUUACUUUUCCCUUGAAAAGGUAAAGUAAGGGAUUACUUUUAUUUUUUUCUGUAAUUUAAUUACAGUUACUUCUGAUGUAAUUAAACUAAAUACUUUGUGUAAUAUAUGUGUGUGCGAUAGUGGAAUUGACAUCAAAAUUCAAAGUCUAACUUUAAAAUCUGUGCUUUAAUGUAUAAUUCUCACAUUUGUAAUACUUUGGUCAGUUGAUAAGAGUACUUUAUGUAGUUUAAUAUUAUUUAUUUGAAUGAAUUAAAAGAGCCCUUUCAUGCCUAUCCUUGAAUCACUUAACUAAUCAAGGUUGAUAUAGAAUAUAGAAAGUAAUUAGUAAUAAGUAACUAAAUACUUUUUGGAGAGAGUCAUUUGUACAGUAAUCUAAUUACACUAUUGAAUAUGUAAUUAGUAACUAGUAAUUAAUUACUUUUUCAGAGUAACUUACCCAACACUGGUGUGUUUAUACUGUAUAUAUAUAUAUAUAUAUAAUAUUGUCUUUUUGAUAGCCACAUAUUCAUGUUAAGAUUUCCUUUUUUAUUUAUUUUUUGUAAAAACGGACAGGCAUUAGAUUUAGCCAGGACUAGCCUUAGUUAAAUUAGUAAUUAGUUAAGUAGUUUUUACAAACAUGCCUUACAAAAACAUUACUUCUGUGCAUCUUAACAAUGGCAUUGAUGCAUUUGAAGACAUGUCAGUGCUCUAAUAUUUAUUUUAGUCUUUAUCCCUGUCUUGGAAACUGCCCCUUGAUGUUUACUUUUUAUUCAUUUUUAUGUUUAAUUUUGUAUUCAUUGCUUUAUGCAAGCCAUAAAUUGUGUUUGUUUUUAUUUAUAUUGCACAAUCACCUAGUGCACAUUUGUCCACCCCACUGACUGGCUGUUUGUGUUACUUUGUUAUCUGUGAAUUUGAUCUGCAGUGGAAAAUGAAGUCGGCCACAGCAGCAAUGACGAUAAACCAGUGAUGGUAACAUAAGGCAAAUCAUUGGGCAAAAAAAUACAUAAUAUAUUUCAGUGGGGUUUAUACAUGAAUUUUUAUUGAGUAGUAGACACUAGAAUUUGGAAUUUUGCAUGUAAGUUAGUCUUACAAGUAUUUUUAUUGUUUUCUUUGGAGAAACACAGCGUCUUUAUGGUGUAUUACCGUCUUUUGUAAACAUAAAAUACAACAAUUAAAAUAAAAUCAAAGUAAUCAACAUUAAAGGUGCUGUGUGUAA